AUGUUCUCUGGUGUGGACCUCCCCGAUGAAUCCUCACCCUUCCCCUUCGGUGAUCUUGUUGGUGUUGUGGACGAUGCAGACUUUAAUUUGGAUCUUGGCCCACAGGAUAUGUUUCAAGACCCGAACGUUGAUUUCUGCCUAUUUGGCAUGCCCGAUGCGGUUCUACCCGAACCUACUGUCGAUACUUCUGAUAGCGACAGUGGUAUUAGCAACCAUGGUGACAAGCUCCAGUCGCUCCUUUGCGACAUCAAGCAAGGUAGUUUUGACCUUCCCGACUUGGGUGCUUCGACUAGCGUACAACUCCCUCCAGUAACGGAGGUUGCUAGUAUUACCGGCGCCGAAGCCACGGUCUGUAAGACCCUCUCCUCACAGCUGAAACGUCCAAGACCAUUUGAACCACUUAUCAUUGGGUCUCGCGACCCCACCGCGCCAUCCACCCCCGCCUCGCUCACUCGUACCUUCCCCCAUGGCACUGCUCUUGUCAAACCUGAACUCUCUGGGUGCACUUCUACCUUUCGCCAAAUUCCAGCCUCGAACCACGUCUCGCCCAAAAUCCCUCGUAUACUUUCACGUGGGCAAAAUGGCACUGGCAGAACCACGGCACCUUCGACGCGAGCAGCCUGUGGUCUCCAGCCUGGCGGCUACAACACUACUUCUUCCCGUGAACAGGAACACCACACUGCCCUGGUUCCCGCUGUGGUCAGCCUUCCAGUGAUCGACGAGUUCACUUUCUCCAAUUCCUUCCAGGUCAUCUCACCCCCAACGGAGUCAGAGAGUUUUGAGAAGUUGGUCAAAAAGCAGGAGCGAAUGAUCAAAAAUCGCCAGGCUGCUUGCCUUAGCCGGUUAAGGAAGAAGGAGUAUUUAGAACGUUUGGAGCAUAGACUUGACCAACUACGACAGGAGAAUGCUCAUCUACGACAGGAGAAUAAUGAGUGGCGACAUCGUUAUGAUCACCUUGAAAGGUGCCUUGGUGACUUGCAAGCGGAGUUCGCCAGCCUGCGUCGUUCAUCUGACACAAGCGUAGGAGGAGUAGGGCUGUCACCGAUUGCUUCUCCCUCCCCUCCACCCCCCGCCUGCUCCUCCUCCUCACCUUCACUCCCUCAGCAUCACUCUCCGCCACUACUUCAACGACCCCUUUUGGCCUCCACCACGGCUUCUCAACUCGGCGUCGUUAGCAAAGUGCCGCUUCUACGAAAGCAGGACGCUGAGCGAACAGUACUACAGAAGUCUGGUCAUGGUGGUGAUAUUCUAGGCAGCAAUCGCGUGAUCGGUGGAGUGGGUUUGCCCCGCGGUGUGCGCAAAAAGGUCACCACCAGCCUCUUCGCAGUGGUCUGUCUCUUUCUCAUGAACUUCUGCCUCACACCUCUCGGUCAACUGGGUGGCACUCUGACGACAACCUUCAGUGGAUCCAAAAACUUGGGCGUCGUAUCCUCCAAUGACUACGAUGGCAUUUUCCCGAAGGUCCCACUUGGUGGAAGGAUCCUUCUGUCCACCUCCUCGGUGCAAGACGUUGUGGGAGCUGUUCAGUCGUCGAAAAACCGAACGAGUGCUCCUCGUCUCGUUGGCAGUAGUGUCCGUUCGACGGUCAAUACGGCAUCCAACGAGGAAGGGGAGGUGGUGUGGAUAGUGUUUGAUGAGAUCGACAAGAGCAUUGAUUGGCCGGUCUUCGAGCGUCGAAAACGAUUGGCGCACUAUCGCCACGGUCAGGCCGAAGCCGAACCACCCCUCAAGUGGCACGUGACCAGGACCAAUCGAUUCGGUCGUGCCCAACGUCGACGACUGCAUAAAGCCUAUUUGGUCCGACCCUUGCAGGGCGAGAGUAUGGCUGGUUGGAGUGAAGAUAACCUUCCCGACUCGCUCUACCUGUUUGGUCGAUCGACAUCCUCCAAUUUGACCAUUUUUUUGCGCAAUGAAGCGUUGGCACCUCAUCUGUCAUCAGAGGAGGCGAAUGCUACUGACAAAAACCUCCGCCUCUGCAAGUUACAAGUCCAAAUAUCCAGUUUGAAGGAUCUACGACGUCGACGGAAGGUGUGA